UUCCGCCACCACCCCCCCUCUCUCUCUCUCUUCUUCUUCUUCAAUCCUCCCUCCCCGCGCCGGAGUUGGAGGAGGGAGAGGGGACAAGCUUUCCGGCGCCGACGCCGACGCGGACCCGGCGCCGACACGAUCCGGUGGAUCAAGUGCAUCACACCUUUAGGGAGGCCCCUUGGACAGCAGUUUGUGCUGCAAAUUCUAUAUAGCUCUGUCGCAGCAUGGCCUCGGUGGGCGUGGCACGCUCUUCUUUGGGAUUUCAGAAUGGCACAAGUUCUAGCAGUGACCCAGAUCGUCUUCCCAACGAGUUGGGCAGUAUGAGCAUAAGGGACGACAAGGACGUUGAAGAUAUUGUAGUCAAUGGCAAUGGGGCGGAGCCUGGUCAUAUCAUAGUGACCAGCAUUGAUGGGAGAAAUGGGCAGGCAAAGCAGACCAUUAGUUACAUGGCUGAGCGGGUGGUAGGUCAUGGGUCCUUCGGAACCGUUUUCCAGGCCAAGUGUCUUGAAACUGGUGAGACCGUAGCUAUAAAAAAGGUUCUUCAAGACAAGAGAUACAAGAAUCGUGAGCUGCAAACCAUGCGAGUGCUUGACCACCCAAAUGUGGUGGCUCUAAAGCACUGUUUCUUCUCAAAGACUGAGAAAGAGGAGCUUUACCUCAAUUUGGUGCUUGAGUAUGUACCGGAGACUGCUCAUCGUGUCAUCAAACAUUACAACAAGAUGAACCAGCGCAUGCCUUUGAUUUAUGCAAAACUGUAUAUGUAUCAGAUUUGUAGAGCCUUGGCAUACAUUCACAACAGCAUUGGAGUGUGCCACAGGGACAUUAAGCCGCAAAAUCUCCUGGUUAAUCCUCAUACCCAUCAGCUAAAAUUGUGUGACUUUGGCAGCGCGAAAGUUCUGGUAAAAGGCGAACCAAACAUUUCUUACAUCUGUUCUAGGUACUACAGAGCUCCAGAGCUCAUAUUUGGUGCUACUGAAUACACAACAGCCAUUGAUGUUUGGUCUGCUGGCUGUGUGCUCGCUGAGCUGCUUCUAGGACAGCCUCUGUUCCCUGGAGAAAGCGGUGUUGAUCAGCUUGUUGAAAUCAUCAAGGUUCUGGGCACACCCACACGUGAAGAAAUUAAGUGCAUGAAUCCAAAUUAUACCGAGUUUAAAUUCCCGCAAAUCAAAGCUCACCCAUGGCAUAAGAUAUUCCAUAAAAGGAUGCCUGCUGAAGCGGUAGAUCUCGUGUCCAGGCUUCUGCAGUACUCACCAAAACUUCGGUCGACUGCUUUGGAAGCAUUGGUCCAUCCGUUCUUUGAUGAACUUCGGGAUCCAAACACCCGCUUACCGAAUGGUCGUUUUCUUCCGCCUCUCUUCAAUUUUAAGCCCCAUGAGCUGAAGAACGUGCCGGCGGAUUUCAUGGUGAAAUUGGUCCCUGAGCAUGCACGGAAGCAAUGUGCCUUCGUAGGGUGGUGAUCUCUGGAUAAGAGGAUGACGACUCGAUGAUUAGCUGAGGACCAAGUUAAUGUCUGUUAGAAACUGCCGGAGAUCGACAUUGCCAGAUGUGGUGUGGUAUAAGAUAGGCAAUAUGUGUGAUUAUUUUUUGUUCGAGGUUAUCACCCCCCUUGCCCCAGAAAAGAUGAGAAGAUGUCGAUGUAACAAGCCCUCUGCGCUUCUGUAAGUAGAUGAGUGUUGCUGCAUGCCCCCUGGGUACAUGUAUCGGUUUGAGCAGAAUUCUGUUUGCCUGAAUCGUGCCAUCACCACGCAGGGAUCCAUCCCUUGUGUGACGAUGUUCAGCCCAACAUUUGUUUAUGGAUUCAGGCUAUUCGUUC